UAAUACGCCGUAAUUGGUGCCAAUAUUUUUUCAACUCUGCGAAAUUGCAAAAUUAGGGUUUCUCUUGGUUCAAUUAUACGAAGCUUACGGUGAAUUUGCAAACCCUAAGCCCUCAAUUCGAUUAUUUUGCUUCAGGAGAACCUUCAAUUGGAGAACAAACGAGCUUCGUUCUUCAAUUGGAUUGGAUAUCCCUCAGUUUGAUUGAGAAAUAAUGCUCUACUUAUAUACUUGGUGCUGAUUGAUGGAUCCAGAUAGCAAGAAUUUUGGAAGAGGGCCAAGAGAACUCACAGGUGCUCGUGAUCUUAUUAGUCACUUCAAAUUGUUGCCUCAUUAUGAGUUCUUUGGUAAGAGGUCGCUUCCAUUAUCAAUUUCCGAUACACAUUAUCUUCAUAAUGUGGUUGGAGACACAGAAAUUAGGAAAGGUGAGAAGAUGCAGUUGGAUCAGCUCACACAGGAUACUUCCUUUUCAAGAGAGACAAGUUCAUGUAUCCGGCCGUUUGACUUAGAUGUCCUUAGAGAAGCCUUCCAACUACGUGAAACGGCUCCAGUCAAUUUGUCUCCUUCUGACAAAGGCACCCCCACUAUAGCUGGAAAAUCUAAGAGCGAGAUGAAAGACAAGGAGAAGAAGGAGAAGAAGCAUAAAAAACACAAGGAUAAAGACAAGGAGAAGGACAAAGAGCAUAAGAAGCACAAACAUCGUCAUAAAGAUCGGAGUAAAGACAAGGACAAAGAGAAAAAGAAAGAUAAAAGUGGCCACAUUGAUCCUGGUGCUGAGCAUUCAAAGAAACAUGAAAAGAAAAGGAAGCACGAUGAGGAGGAUCUCAACAGUAUCCACAAACACAAGAAAAGCAAGCACAGGAGCUCAAAGAUUGAUGAGAUUGGUUCAAUAAAGGUAGCUGGCUGAAUUGUGCGUGUGGUUGUAUAAUUUAUGUUGUCCCAGAUUUUGCAGUUGAGAAUUUGGAGGGUUCCUUUAUUUAGAAUUGUGAAAUAUCAGAAGUUCAUGUCCUGAUCAAUUCAUUAAUUGAAGAACUUUAUGGCA